AUGGACCAUGGUGGGACGGGAAACAAUGCCAGCUUCGACAUGAUUUCCUCUGCCCUUCGGAACGCCGGCCCCCUGCGGCAGGCUGCCCGCGCCGUGUCCCUCGCCCGGGGGACCGGUCUCCGGGCCCUGUACUCCAGCUCCUCGUCCUCGUCGCCGCCGCACUCGCCCGGUGGCUCGAUGAACUCCGGCACCGCUUCCCUGACCGGGGAUCUCCCCAUGUCGGCGGCCCUGCAAACCGAGCUGAACUCCAUCAUCUCCGCCGGGCAGGCUCCCCCCAAUGACUCGAUGACCUUUGUCCCCACCGACGCCCUGGCCCCCGAGGCCCAGACCACCCCCUCGGCCAGCAACAUUUGCUCCAUGUCUCAGGCCAUGCAGCACCUGGACACCGAGUCCAUGGUGACCGCCCGCCAUGCGACCGCGGCCCGGGCUGCCGCCAGCCAGCCGGCCCCUGCCGCCGUGUCCAUCCUCCCGGCGCGCAUCAUCAGCAGCUGGGUUCUGACCGGCCUGCCGGACUACCCCCUGCAGGACCGUCAGGCGGACUUCGACAGCCUCAUGGCCGACAUCGAGCAGCGCGUCGGGACUUUCCAGUCCUCGCGUGGCCAGGCCGAGCGCUCGGCCAUCGGCUAUCUGACCGACGUCGUGCAGCAUGACCGCUACUCGCAGAUGCUCUCGGCUGCCGGCUUCCCGCCCCUGGAUCCGGGUGCCGACGAGCUGGAGCCCUCGGUCGGUGGCAUGGAGCUGGCCAACGACAUCAAGAAGCGCAAGCGCAAGAUCAAGAAGCACAAGUACAAGAAGCGCCUCAAGGCCACCCGUGCCGAGCGCCGGCGCCGUUGA